AUGGACCGGGUUCAGGCCUGGCUGGAGGUCCAGAUGUCGAUCCAGAUGGGCAUCAUGUUUCCACCAGCCAUUGACAUUUCCCCGACACCACCAGAGAGCCCAAUCGAUCCCGAACCUCGCGCGCAAAGAUGGGCCACCAUAAUAUUCGUUUUGACGGCGACGCCCAUUCUCUCCGGGGAGCCUGGAGCCCGCCAACCAGCCGAGCAAAACAGUUUCUGCGAAGAGGACUACGCCUUGACCUUCUACGUGGCCGAGUUUAUCAACUCGUUGACGAACCUCGCCUAUGUCCAUCUCGCGCUCCGAUACAUGUACGGUCCUGGCAGCGGCGGAUUGCUCGCCCCGAGGCUCGACUUCAUGUCCGUUUCCCUCUUGGUACUGGGCAUUGGGUCGUUCUUGUUCCACGCCAGUCUCCGCCAGACGCUCGAGUUUGCCGACGAGUUCUCCAUGCUCGGACUGACCUGGGCCAUGCUCCAGGCCACCCUCACGACGGGACAAUCUCCAACUAAAUCUCGCCUCAUCUCCGCCAGCCUUGCCAUGUGCUUCGCGUCUUUUGCCGUAUUCUACCUGCAGUCGCCGAGCAUCAUCUACCAAGUCAUCGCCUUUGUCUCAUGCUUGUUUGUACUCAUCUUGCGAGCUCAAUACUUGCUCUAUUGGCUACAACCCGCGCUGCCCGAAGCCAAGACCCGUGACUGGAAUAAGAAGACUUGGAGAGCAGUCUUUAUCUGUUUGCUUGGAUAUGUUCUCUGGAAUAUCGACCUAGAGUACUGCGCCACCCUCAGGAACAUUAGACAACAACUUGGGCUGCCGUGGGCUUGGCUGUUUGAGCUUCAUGGAUGGUGGCAUGUCCUGACGGCCAUUGGUGCCGCUGAGUGUAUGAAUGUGGCAAGAGAGGUGCGUGAAGAGGUGAAGCGUGGGCAGAAGAGGGAAUAA